AUGUCUGCUCAAGAGGAACAAGCCCAACAGGCACUCAUACAACGACAACGGCAACAAAUAGCGAUAGCAGCACAACGAAGUGCCGCAUUAUUCCAACGACAGACGAUGAGCAACAACCAGACGGCCAGCACUGAGAUCCGGAACAACCAAAUGGGCACUACUUACGACGACGUUCCUAUGCAGCCGGGCGAUGAACCCGCCUCUGUCUUAUCGUCUCCUGACCUCAGCUUGUUCCUAUCGGCAUGUCGAAACGAUGAUCUGCGGAACCUUCAAGGAAUCGUCAGUUCGGAACGUUGCACACCGCGCUUUCUGGUUGAAGGCCUUAGCAUUGCCUUGAGCAAGGGCAAUGUCGAAAUAGCACACCUUCUUCUCAAAGCUGGCACGCCCAUCUCACGAGCACUUCCGCCUCUCGUCCUCACGGCACCAGCGGACAAGCGAAUCUCCCUAUUCGAGGCACUUACGCAGCAUGGUUGGACCGCCAACACGCCAGGUUUCUACGGCGAAGUCCUCCUUCCCAAGGUCAUCAGCACCAAGGAUGGAUCGCUUAUCGACUGGUUCCUCGCGCAAAAGGCAGACCCUAAUUUAGGCUGCCAGAAGCUCUUCCAAGACCGCCUCGGCGAACCUGACAAAGAAUCUUGCGAUUCACUUGAAACAGCAGCCCGAACAGGCAAUGUUGACCUUGCACGGAAACUGCUCGACGCUGGCGCCAAGGUAUCUAAUGGUGCGCCGCUUUAUUGCGCAGCAGGAGUCUGUCCACCAGGUUCGAACCCAUAUCAAGCCAAGGUCGAGCCGACAAGCGAGUUCGACAUCUCUAUGAUACCCGUUAUGGAACUUCUUGUGAGUAGCGGUGCGGGAGUGAACGAUAGGAUCGUUUCACGUCAUAUGGUCCCCCCGUAUCCGCUCGAAGUUGCUAUCAUGGCUGGUGCUAUUCAGAGGGUGAAGUGGCUCUUGAAACAAGGCGCGAACUCAGGUUUGGAAGGGUAUUACGGGAGGAAGAUUCGAGAUUGGCCCCCUCAGCUUGUCAGCGACGGGAUGAAGGCCGUGCUUGCAGCUAUGCAAGAAGAAGCUCCGGUGCAAGCGUCGGAGCCAUGA